GGAUCAAUGGGCAUAAUGCGGAGCCCCAGCAUCUAAUUUCAUCCGCGAAGACUGCUCACAGGCCUGCUGCUGUUGCUGGAAUAAUCGCUAUGAGUUUCAGUCGACGAUGGGCCUGCUUUCUAAAAACAACCUGUUGAAAGUGUUUCUCCAUGCUCCUGCCUGCUGGUAAAUGUUUAUGGGAGAUAUUAUUUCGCUGCUCGGUUGUCAUGGCAGAAAGGGAAGGUGUCUGAGCGGUGUCAACUUUUCUUCACAUGGCGCUUUUCUCGCUCUGAACGCGGUCUGCAUGCGAAUGCGCUGGAGAUAAACCGCUUCACAUCGCACCGAGGAACUCCGGGAGAGUUUGACGACGACGCGGGACAUCGCCUGAAUAAGAGCAAAACGACGAGGCCAACGAAGAGGCCGUUUUCUUGGGCAAAGCACCUCUAAUUUCUAACAUUCUCCUUUGCUUGUGUUUGACAGACAGCCGCCAUCAUUCUGUGCUGCAAGGGUGACCCCAAAAUGUCUUCCAACGGUGAUCUGCAAGACAUUGGGAGCUGGGACAGCUUCUGGGAGCCUGGGAACUACAAGAGGACGGUUAAACGCAUUGACGAUGGCUACAAACUAUGCAACGAGCUGGUCAGCUGCUUCCAGGAGCGGGCCAAGAUUGAGAAGGGCUAUUCUCAGCAGCUGAGUGACUGGGCCAGGAAAUGGAGGGGUGUUGUGGAGAAAGGCCCACAGUAUGGGACUCUGGAAAAGGCCUGGCAUGCUUUCAUGAAUGCAGCAGACAGACUGAGUGAAAUCCAUAUGGAACUAAAAGAGAAACUGGUUGUUGAGGACAGCGAAAAGAUUAGAAACUGGCAGAAGGAUGCCUUCCACAAGCAAAUGAUUGGUGGAUUCCGUGAGACCAAAGAUGCCGAUGAAGGCUUCCGCAAGGCCCAGAAACCCUGGGUCCGAAAACUGAAGGAUGUGGAGUCUACCAAAAAGAGUUAUCACCAAGCCCGGAAGGAAGAGCGCACGUCAUUGACCCGUGAAACACAUGCCAAGGCUGACCCCACCAAAUCCCAAGAUGAGGUCCGCAAGUUCACGGACCGCCUGGAGAAAUUUACCCAGGAAGCAGAAAAGCUUUGUAUUGUUACAAUGUUGGUAGCAGCGGUGGACAUGAAGGGCCCUAUCAUACACCUGGCGCAAUGCGGGGCCAGAUUUCGAGCCCUGUACCGAGACCUCGGCCAGACCAUCAACACAGCCAAUGACGCGGAGGACCUUAGGUGGUGGAGGAACACCCAUGGGCCAGGAAUGAGCAUGAAUUGGCCACAGUUUGAGGAGUGGUCACCAGAAGCAAACCGAUCCAUCAGUCGAAGAGAAAGAAACAGUCAUUCUGAUGACGUGGUCACUCUGACUAAUAUUGUCUCAGCAGGAGACGAACCCCCGAAGACUCCACAGGAAACUACAAGGGUGGGUAAAGACUACUCCUCAGACUGGUCUGAUGAAGAAAGCCCCAAAAAAUACAUCGCAGCCAACGGGGUGGACGAGGAGGAGAAGGUAGUCGGGGUUCGCGUUAGAGCGCUGUAUGAUUACACUGGGCAGGAGGCUGAUGAGCUGGGCUUUAAAGCAGGUGAAGAGUUAAUGAAGCUGGGUGAGGAGGACGAGCAGGGCUGGUGUAAAGGACAGCUGGUCAGCGGAGAAAUAGGCCUCUACCCUGCUAACUACGUUCAAGUCAUCACAUCUUGAUCACCCGCUUCGCCCUGGAUGAGACCCACACCUUCACUGUGGCAGCUGUAAGGUCACGUCACACUGAACUACAGCAGUUGUGUCCAAUACACAGUCAUGCAACUGCAUGAUGGAUUGAAUGCCACGAUACUCGAGGAGAUUCAGAGAGGAGUGCGCAGUUCAGUGUUUUCUUUUUUCUUUUCACUGACACACUAGAGAACUUUAAGAAUAGUUAGUCCCGCUUUGCCCUUGUGGUUAUUGAAAGAUCAGUGCCUUUAUUAUAAAAUGCCACAGACAUUCACAACACGGCUAUUAAUGCAGCACACGGCUGAAUGGACACAUUGUUUGUCUGAAUCAUUUUGUUCACAGGAAGACGUGCGAGUCGCCACUGUUGGAUUGUUUUGAUAGAUAAUCAUUGCAGUCCUCUUGUUUUAGUAUUUCACAUUUCAGUUACAUAUCAGAAUCAUUUCAAGUAUUUGAUCAAAUCUACGCUGACUUUCUAUAUUCAGGUUUUGCGAAUCUUUCAUGAGAAGCGUGUUAGUGUGUUGAUAUAUUUUGUGUAAUAUGUUAGAUCGUUCUAGUUAAACUGAACAUUUCUUUGGUUGUAGUUCAGAAUUGAAGGAUUCUUCAUUGUGUAUUUACCUAUGUUUUCACAAAAGAUAUAUGGAUUUAUAAUAUACAAAUUGUCACUGGGCAGAUGCUCUUACUAGUCGCCCUUUUGGAAUCGUGAUUCUAGGAUUCUUGUCAAGGGAUCCCCGGAUCCGAUCACAAAUGCAGGAUAGGAGAUUCUAAAAUCUUGUUGAUGGGACUGUUUUACUUUUUUUAAUUUAUCUUUUUUGUUUUUAUUUGGAGCGCACGAAAGUUUCUGAUGUCAAAUGAUAUAAAGUGUGAGAGAAAGGGCAAAACCUCUGGGCUUCUUGUGGGCUUGUAAAAGUGAAUGUGUGAGUGCUCAUGGGAAAUGUUUCCAUUUCCACAUGCUCUGCCUCCAGUGUGCCCCACUGUGAACAUGGUUUUACAUGAAACUACUGUAACAGCCAA